CGGAACUACAUAUGUGUAAAGGCGGGAUUUUCCGCGGGCCUCGUUGUUAAAGGGGCCUCAUAGCGAAAUUUUUAAUUAUUUAUCUUAUUUAAUAAAAAAAUUAGUUCAUUGUAUUAAUCAUAGAAAUAUUAGAUGCAAUGCAUUUUGUAACAUUUCAAGUAAACAAAAACAUGAGAUAUUGAAAUAUUAUUAUUCUAAUAUUCACCACGAAAACGAACCGAUAAGGGUAUAGACUAUAGUAUAUUUUUAAACGUGUUUUGUGUUGUGUAUAUGCGUUAUCUGAUGUCAAUACGAGAAUUAUUUAUAAAAAUAUAUUUUCUUAUCGCUGUUAGGCGGCGAUGCGUUACUCGAAAUGUAUUUUACUUGUUCAGUGGCGGAACUACGUUAACUUUGGUGAUUAUAAAUUAUCAUUUUUAAGACGAUCCUAUUAUUCGGCGACAGAGAAAAUCAACGUCUUAGACGUCAUUUGUAGUACUUAGUGCACAACUUGACUUUGAGAAUUUCGUUUUAUAAUGAAUGGUCCGAAUAAAAAAAGAUUUGAGAGUGGAGCGAGUAAACGAAAACGUAAAGCAGAAGAAGAGCAAAAGAUUAAAUUGUUGCCGUCUGUUUCAAAGUACUUUAUCAAAAAUUCGGAAAUUGAACCAUCUUUUUCUACAAACUCUUUUUCAGCCAAUGUAACACAAAAUAUGCCAUCAAGUCCCUUACCUUCUUCUUCAGUCACCACUAUUGCACAUGAAACAUCAUCUAGUUUCUCACCUUUAUCGACCAACGAAUUUUUAGGUAAAAUACCAUCCAGCUCUUCAUCUUCGUCCCCAAGUAACAAUAUAUCAGAUUUAAAUUUUUUUACUAAGCUUCUGAUGUUACCAAACCCUACUGAUAUUGGUCAUUUUAGCCAUCUAAAUCAGUUGCCUGACGCAGCAAAAAAAUUUAUUGUUGAAUAUGGACCAUGCCAACCUAAAGGACCAUUCUAUAGAUAUUCAGAUAAUCGUGUAUCUAAUUUAUCGUUCAAUGAGAAAUAUUAUUAUUCUGGGUCAUCAAUGUCUGGUGGAAAGACAAUUAGACUAUGGUUGAGUUAUUCGAUUAUUCGUCAAGUUGCAUAUUGCCAGCCAUGUACUCUGUUCGGGAAUAGAUUAAAAAAUAAACAAACGUCAUGGAUUGACGGAUUUGAUGACUGGGAUCACAUAACGAUUGCUAUGAACCGUCAUGAAAGUUCUACAUUUCAUCUUGUGUCAUGUAAAGCUUAUAAUAUGUAUCAUAAAAAUUUAAGUAUAGACUGUCAAAUAAAAAAGCAAGACGCUUCUGAAUCUGAAUAUUGGACCGCAGUUUUGACACGUAUAAUAGAUAUAUCGAUCACAUUAGGUGGCCAAAAUUUGUCUUUCAGAGGCCAUAGAGAAGAUGCUAACUUCAAAAAUAAUGGAAAUUUUAUGGCUUUAAUAAGACUUCUAGCCAAAUAUGAUCCAAUAUUGGCAACACUUCUAGAGAAGCCAAAGGGAAGCAUAAAAUAUCUUAGCCACCAAAUUCAAAAUCAAAUAAUUGCAUUAAUAGAAAGUGAAAUAAAGAAAAAUAUAAUAUCUGAUGUUACCUCCGCGCCAUUUUUUUCCUUAAUUCUAGAUUCAACACAAGAUAUAAGCAAGGUUGACCAAGUUUCUACGAUAUAUCGGUAUGUACAUAUAGAAAAAAAUGAACUUGGAAUUCCUAAAAGUAUUGAAAUAAAAGAAGAUUUCAUAGGUUUUUCUGAAGCAGAAGGAAGUACAGGUGAAGCAAUAGAAGAACAAACAGUUAAAACAUUUAAAGAUAAUGGUCUUGAUAUUGGUAAAUUUAGAGGAAUUGGAUUAGACGGAGCAGCAAGUAUGAGUGGUAAACAUAAUGGCUUGCAGGCUCGACUUCGGAAACGACAGAAAAAAGCAAAAUAUGUUCAUUGUGCAUCGCAUAAUUUAAAUUUGGUGAUAAACGAUUCUGUGAAAGAUAUUACGGAAAUCAGACAAUUUUUUGAGAUGUUAGAAACUCUAUAUACUUUUUUCGGAAACAGUAUACUUCGAUGGGCAAAAUUGAAAAAAGAAAGCUGUGAAAUUUCUAGAUCACUCAAAAGGCUGUGCCCAACACGAUGGUCGUCUAGAACUGAUUGUUUGAUAUCACUCAACCAUAUGUACCCAGAUGUUAUGAAAGUUUUAAACAACAUUACGUUGACCGGGCGUAAUAAGGAUGAACAAAACAAUGCCUCCACACUCAAAAAAUAUUUCGAAAGUUAUGAAACAAUUAUUUUAAUUCUAUUGAUGUAUAAAAUAUUGUCAAAAAUUAAUUUAGCAUCUAAAAUACUUCAAUCGCCUGGAGCUGAUAUUGGCAAAGCUGUUGAUUUGAUAAAAAGCACAUUGGAAAAUAUGGGGAAAAUUCGCGAUAACUUUAACAUUUUAAUAGAAGAAGCUAAUUCUAAAGCAUUACAAUGGAAUGUAACGCCCGAGUUUUCUUGCAUACGAACGAGAAAAGUAAAAAAAUUUUAUGGUGAGCUAUGUCAAGAUAAACGUCUUUCAGAAGGAAACCAUUAUUUUAAAACUCAAGUUUUAUAUCGAUGUAUUGAUACUGUUGUUACACAAUUGAAAACAAGAUUUGUAGGCCUUAGUGAAAUAAAUGAUUUAUUUAGUUGUAUUUUACGACCAACUGUAAUAUCUGAUGAAGAGAUCGGUAAGAGUGCAAAAAAGUUGGCAGAGGCAUUUGAGGACUUUAAUCCAGCAGAACUUACAACACAAAUCGAAUCAUUUAAAUUUCUGUUUGCUUCUGAGCUUAAAUCUUGUCGCAGCGUUUUUGAUAUGACUAAAUUACUAAUAAUUGAUAAUAAUAAUUUAAUUACUAGUUUCCCAGAUUUGUUAACAGCAUUUUAUUUGUUCCUUACAUUACCGGUUACUGUGGCAAGCGCAGAGAGGACAUUCUCAAAACUUAAAUUAAUAAAGAAUUAUCUCAGGAGCACCAUGUGCCAAACACGGCUCAGUGGCCUUGCAAUGAUUUCAAUUGAAAAUGAACGGGCUAAAAAAUUGAAUUUGUCGUCAUUGGUUAAGUUAUUUUCUCAAGAUCGUAGCAGAAAAAAAAGUUUUCAAGUAUAAGUAUAUUCAUAUUUGUAAUUUUUCAAUUCAAUUUAUAAUUCAAUAAGUUCUUAAUAAACUAUACAGUAUACAUAAUUUAAUUACAUAAUUAUAUACACAUUUUUAAAUGUGUAUAAACUAAAAUCCCUAUGUCAGCUGAAUUUGGUUACAGAUAUAAUAGGGCCUCCGAAAAAUUGUAUUCACGGGCCUCAGUAAACGUAGUUCCGCCACUGACCUUCACGUUGCGCGCCUGCUGCUUUCCUUGGAUAUGGUAGCCGUUUCUCAGACUCCCUCUCCGGAAUCGAACCCUGAUUCCCCUUUACCCGUUACAACCAUGAUAUUGAUAGUAACUACUAUUAUAACAUGUAACUAAAAAGUGAAAAAUAAAUAU